GGCCGGGUUACAGCUCGCGCCCCUCGCUCCGCUCGCCCGCCUGCGGCCGACCCCGACCCAGCCGUGUCGCGCUUGGCAGCCUGCCAGCCCGUUUCGGGGCGGACAUUGUGAACGCUCUGUGGUGAUAGGGGUCGUGCGAGUGACGGGGAAGUGAUUUUGUUGACUGAGUCUGAGUGAAUUAAAAUGCCUGAUUCAUCGCCAGUCACGGAGGAAGCUCUGAAGCGUGCCUUGAUGGCUUGCUUCAGUGACAACGAGAUACGCAAAUCUCUGCGUGACAUCUUCAAAGAAGAGCUCGAGUCUCGCGACAAGGAGAUCAAGCAGCUCAAGGAGCAAGUCAAUGAGCAGAAGAAAAUCAUUGAAGCUCAAGCUGACGCGAUUGACGACAUCGAGCAGUACUCGCGUCGCAACUGCCUGAACUUUAACGGCGUGACGGAGACGGCUAACGAGAAGCCGGUGCGUCUGGCGAUCGAUCUCGGCCGGACGCUGGGAGUCCAGCUCCAGCCCAGCGACAUAGACCGGGCUCACAGGAUCGGCAAGCCGCAGACCGCACAGGACGGCUCCGCUCGCGCCCGAUCGCUGAUUGUCAAGUUCGUGUCCUACACGAAAAGGGAUGAAGUCUGGCGUGCUCGCAAGAAGCUCAGGACGGCGCUCCCGCCCAGACAAUCUUGUCUGCCGCAGAACGCGACCACGAACGCAUACGUGACCGAAAAUCUCACCAGACGCAACCAGAAGGUUAUGUACGCGGCUCGCCAGUUACGCAGAGAAGGCAAGAUCUGGGCAGCCUGGAGCGACGACUGCGUUAUGAAGAUCAAGACGGCUCCCAACGCUGCAACACAGAAGAUCAAGUCCGAAGAGGAUCUUCGUCGGAUCAUGGAACGCACGGAGACAGCUGGACGCCAGACAGAUACGGCGGCACCGUCGCAGGAUCGAGAGUCGCAGUCGUUCGCAGCCGCGGCUGCAGCGCCGCCGGCGCCCGGUACCCAACCCGAUACCCACCAGUGAAGGGAAGUACAACACACGAAGGUAAACUACCAUAUGGUAGCCUGUUUCCUUUCGUUGAACCAGCUUCCAUAUUGUGAACAAUGACAGAUCUUGCGCAGGUGCUACGUUCGUGACGCACUGCAUUCCGGCCAAGUCUGUGCAGUGCUUUGACCUUGUUUUGUUUUGAUACGGUCUCGAUUUGGAUUGAGUUGAAUAUUGAUUCAGGAUAUCAACAUUGAGUUCAAGUUAGUGUUUAUAUUGAUAAACAGUGGACUUGGAGGAGAGGAUAUUGCACCAGCACCACUCAUUCCAGCAUGAUCAGUAUUCAAAGAUGAUAAACUAUCACUAUGGAGUUUUGGUUUGUAUCAGUAUCAUGAUCUGCUAGACAACAUUCCUAGAUGAUUCAGUGUGUAGAUGGAUAGAAGGCUAAGGAAGCAGAAGUACAGGGUUGCAUAGAAACAAUACUUGUUUUGUUUAUUAGACUCAACCCAACUUCCUACACAGAACAAUGGGUAGGUUCCUGGUCCAGUGUCAGUGUGUUCUUAGUUGUUGUUCAGUCAUUCGGACAACCUGCAGUUUGUUUUGUUAUCAUGUCAUGUUCAUCGCUCAUUGUUCACUGUCAUUGUUCAUCAUUGUCUGCCAUCAAUCUGUAUGCACAUCUUCUACUGUAGCUUGUGUGUUCCUUGAAUCAAAUGUAUCCGUAUCUACCUGGACAAUGCCAAUGCUCAGUUGGACGAUCCAGUUUGUAGAUGGAUGGGGGCCAGGGGAGACAGCUGAAGUUCAGGGUCACAUAGAAAACCAGACAUGCUGUGUUAACUAGAUUUGCCCUGGCUACCCACGCUGAAUUCAGGCUUAGCUGGUCCAGUGCCUUCUUUGCUGGUGUUCAGACAACCCGCAGUUUGUUUUGCUACCUACCAUGUCAUGAUCACUGCCCAUUGUCCAUUAUCGUUGUUCAUUAUCGCCUGCCAUUAAGCCAUAGCACAUCUAUUAUAAUUUGUGUUCCCUUGGAGUCAUUUGGUUAAAUAUGAUUAGAUGUUUCUUUGCUAUAUCACUAAUAUGUUACUGCAUAUCACUUCUGUUGAUGUAUCUUUCGUUCCCACCUUGAUCUCAGCCACCCUGUCACUCGCACGACCCUGACGUUCUUGUCUAUAUGCCCACAGCCUCCAGAAGCUGCCAGGAGCCCGCCACUGGUUCUUCAUCUUUCUAUCUCCAAAUUGAAUCUUCUCGCCUUGGCUUUCACCAUAGUUAUUUUGAGAUUCCUUGGCGGGCGCCGGCAGCUGACGGCGGCUGAUGGCGGACCUGGGCGUAUGCCGCUGCGUGGACGGCGGCCGCACCUCGUUCGACUUUGCCUCUGUUUACCGGGCGGGGUGCGGCCGGCGGCUGCGCGGCGGUGGGCGCCCGGUUUGCCUAU